AUGUCCGCAUCCUCCUUGCUUUACCCUAUGCCCUCCGUGGUCGCUCUGAAGAGCCAGUUCGUGGGUCGCCAUCUGAGAGAUGUGGAUGCGCCCGCUGCGGUACUGGAUCGGGCGGUCGUGAUCCGAAAUUGUGAGAGGAUGAGGACUGCUGCCAGUGGGGCGGGGGUGAGGUUUAGAGGGCAUGUGAAGACACAUAAGACUGUAGAAGUAACCCAGCUUCAAGUCGGUGACUCGAAAGAAGUGCGCCUCAUUGUGUCAACCAUCGCCGAACUUGAACUCCUUACGCCGUGGCUCCUAGACUGCAAGCGACAAGGCAAGACAAUAGAUGUCCUAUACGGCGUCCCUGUAUCCAAGUCCGCUCUUCCCCGACUCAUUCACUUCGCCCAACUCCUUGAACGGGAACUUCCAAUCAAAAUCAUCAUCGACACAGUCUCGCAAUUCACCAUGAUCAAAGACUACCUCCUUUCCCACUACCCCCCUCAACUCCUCUCCUCCCAACGCCCUCCUUUCCAAGUCGGCGUCUACAUCAAGAUCGACACCGGCUACGGCCGCGCCGGGAUACCUCCACAGUCCAAUGAAUGCGACACCUUGCUCCAGUAUCUCGCUGCGAACGAAGAGCCUGCUGAUUGCUAUAGCCGGUUUGUGCUCGAAGGGCUAUAUAGCCAUCUAGGGUCGAGCUAUGGGGCAACUGGACCCAAGGAGGCGAUGAGUGGGUUUAAACAGGAACUGACCGGACUGGUCGACGUGUUGUCGGUGGUGAAGAAAUCGUAUACUCAGGCCCCUGACAAAGCCCUCGUGCUUUCCGUCGGUGCGUCCCCCACCGCUUUGGCACUGGCUUCAGAGCUCCCCGAUGGUUCAUGGGACCACAGCGCCUCCAGCACUGUUCGGGCGAUGUUGGAGGAUGUGAUGGGAGACAGUGAGGCGCCGAAGCAUAUCGUUGAGGUACAUGCCGGCGUUUACACGACGCUUGAUAUGCAGCAGCUAGCGACGAAGAGCUUCGGGACGAUGAGGACGGAGGAUAUCGCAAUUAGAAUACUCGCGGAGGUGGCGAGUGUAUACACGGGGCGAGAGCGUCCGGAGGCGUUGAUUGCGGCGGGGAAUUUGGCGUUGGGGAGGGAGCCGUGUAGGGAGUAUAGCGGGUGGGGGGUGGUGACGGGAUGGCGGAGCGAGGGCGAUACUCCAGGUGAAGGGAAUGGAGUAAAUAGUUCAGUGUAUGAUUUUGAGGGGAAGACCGGGUGGGUGGUUGGGAGGAUCAGUCAGGAGCAUGGGAUUCUGGUGUGGGAGGGGGAUAGGAGUCAGCAGAGGGAGUUGAGGGCCGGGGAGAAGGUGUUGAUUUUGCCGAAUCAUUCGUGUAUCGCAGGGGCGGGGUAUGGAUGGUAUUUGGUGGUGGAUUCGAGUCGGAGCGGAGAGGAGAGGGAUGUCGUGCAGGAUGUGUGGGUAAGAUGUAGGGGCUGGUGA